UCGCGGCGGCGGCGCCGUUGCCGUGAGCGUCAGUGUUGUUGCCGGAAGUUAAGAUGGCGGCUUUCACCGCGGAGACGGACCUGGUCACGGGCUGGUGCCUCUUCGGCCUCGCUUUGCUGGUUAUCCUGAUAUUCUGCUGGGUUUAUGUCCGCAAGUACCAGAGCAGACGUGAAAGUGAAGUAAUCUCUACUAUAACAGCUAUUUUUGCUCUUGCAAUAGCACUUAUUACAUCAGCACUUCUGCCAGUUGACAUUUUUCUGGUUUCUUAUGUGAAAAACCAAAAUGGGACAUUCAAGGCUUGGGCAGAUCCGAAUGUUACAAGGCAAAUUGAAGACACAGUAUUAUAUGCAUAUUACACACUCUAUUCCAUCAUAUUAUUUUGUGUGUUCUUAUGGAUCCCCUUCGUCUACUUCUACUACGAGGAGAAGGAUGAAGAUGAUGCCAACACAUGCUCACAGGUUAAAAUUGCAGUCAAGUAUACUCUAGGAUUUCUUCUGGUUUGUUCUGCUCUUCUACUAAUUGGAGCCUUUGUUCCAUUGAAUAUUCCCAACCAAAAAAAUACAACGGAAUGGGAGAAAGUGAAACUUUUGUUUGAAGAGCUUGGGAGCAGCCAUGGUUUGGCGGCCCUAUCCUUCUCUAUAAGUUCUUUGACCCUUAUUGGAAUGGUGGCAGCUGUUACAUAUACAGCUUAUGGCAUGUCCGCUUUGCCUCUGAACCUGAUAAAGGGAACAAGAAAUGCUAGUUAUGAGCGCUUGGAAAACACUGAAGAUAUUGAAGAGGUUGAGCAAAGUAUACAAAGGAUUAAAUCAAAGUGCAAAGAUGGUCGGCCUCUACCAACUCGGGAUAGGCGGACACUGCAACAGCUUGAGGACAAGCUAAGAGCCCUUCGAAGGAGAGGGAGGCGUCUGGAAUAUAUUGAGAAGAGCUGCUGGACAAGAUUCUGUGGAGCCAUGAGGCCACUAAAAAUUGUCUGGGGAAUAUUUUUUAUCCUGGUGGCCCUGCUGUUUGUUAUUUCACUCUUCUUGUCCAAUUUGGAUAAAGCACUGCACUCAGCUGGCAUCGACACUGGAUUUAUAAUCCUGGGAACAAAUUUGACCAAUCCAUUGAAUAUGCUGUUACCCGUUCUACAAACUGUCUUCCCCCUUGAUUAUAUCCUCAUCACUACUAUCAUCAUGUACUUUAUAUUCACCUCAAUGGCAGGAAUUCGAAACAUGGGAAUAUGGUUCUUCUGGAUAAGGUUGUACAAGAUCAGACGGGGGAGGACAAGGCCACAGGCGCUUCUCUUUCUCUGCAUGAUACUGCUGUUGAUUGUUCUUCACACCAGCUACAUGAUAUACAGCUUGGCCCCUCAGUAUGUUAUGUACGGAAGCCAAAAGUACCAAUCUCUGAGUAAUAUGACAGUGGAUGGACACUUGACAAAUGUGACAACGUGGGUACCUAAAGUUUGUGAUGCAGAUGCCCCUGCAAAUGAAUGCACUGUUACUCGGACUUACCUGUUCCUUCACCAGUUUUGGUUCUUCAGUGCUGCAUAUUACUUUGGCAAUUGGGCGUUCAUUGCAGUUUUCUUAAUUGGAUUAAUUGUGUCAUGCUGCAAAGGGAAAAAAUCUGUUAUUGAAGGUGAAGUGGAUGAAGAUGAUUCAGAUAUAAGUGAUGACGAGCCAUCCCUCUAUUAUGGUUGACAGCCCAUAAGUUCUGAAGGUUAAAGCAUGCAAUUUAAAACUGUGAAAAUGCCACAAUUGGACUUUACUCUCGGAAAAGUUCACAUAUUUGCCAAUGUGGAAAAUGAAAUCUUUAAGUAUACUAUUGUAUUAUAGUUAAGCUAAUAUGUACAUAUAUAGUCACAAAGGAGCUAAUUUUAUGAAGGAAUGAUUAAACAGUACUAUAAUUUCCCCCCAAUAUGCACUCUGCGGUCAUUAUGUUAGUUGCCUUUUUGCUGGUCUUGAGUUUUAAAUUACUUUAUGCCUGAUUCAAUUUGACAGUGCUGAAAAGUUAAUAUAAUCAAAUUGAUAAAUGCUUCUUACAGGAACGCCAAGUUUAAAGUGCAGUGCUUUUUGAUUGUACAAUUAAUAUUUAGAACACACUAAAUAUUUUACAUAACAGCAGCUGUAAUCAUCAUUGUCAAAUGUUGGGUUAUUGCUGAUUUCGGUGAGAGGCCAAAUAAUAAUCAUAAUCAUAAAAACAGGAUGUAGUGAGAUGGGGAGCAGCACCUGGGCUUCCAUUUCCCUCCUUUGUCUCCUGCAGAAUUAUCUAGUAGAAUACAAGUGCGCUGGGAGAGCCUCGUCUUAUUAAAACAAUGGUUUUUCUGUAACCCAGUUAUGAAGAAUGGGAUUGUAACAGGGUUAACGAAAUUCCACAUUCAAAUGAAUGUGGGAUCUCCAGGUUUAGCUCUUACUAUGCACAGUGAUACAGACAGGUGAGAGAGGAUCAAUGUUUCUCUCAAUCUUGCUAUUCAUGGCAGGGGUGGGCUGGAGACAGCAGUAUUAUCUUGAUGAAUAUAUCCAGAUGUUUCUCUGUAAAAGCGGAGAGAGGCAAUACUUUAUUCUUUCUCCAUGGUCUAAACUUAACAGUAUAUGAAUUUUAAAAUAAGUUGAAAAAUUUAACACCUGAGUUAGUUACUAUUAUUUGCUAUGCCCUAACUUAAAUAUUUUGAUGUAGUUUUUUAAUUAAUAACUGUUGAAAUUUGUAUCCCUUGCCAUUUUGUUCAGUUAUACAUAAAUGCAAUGCAUAAACAUUUAAAAUCAUGCAAAGACUUUUUCCUGUAUCAUUUUGUAAAAUAAACUAAUCGGGAUCUUA